AUGGUAGCUUCACAGGUGUUGAGUUACAUGCACAUGGAGUACUCGUGGGCUGGGCCUCUCAGCCACUACUGUGCUGCCAAUGUUCUCCUGAAGCAUCCCUGCAAGGGGUCACAAGCCGUCUUGGCCUUACCAUCCCUUUCUGGGCUGAUGAGGCACCUCUGCCCCUCCCCGAGCCUAGCUAUGAGGAGUUCAGGAGCUGAGGAAGAGGUGGGCCGGGUGGACGGUGACUUCCUGGAGGCGGUGAAGCGGCACAUCUUGAACCGCUUGCAGAUGCGCAGCCGGCCCAACAUCACGCACGCCGUGCCCAAGGCCGCCAUGGUCACGGCCCUGCGUAAGCUGCACGCUGGCAAGGUGCGCGAGGACGGCCGCGUGGAGAUCCCGCACCUCGACGGUCACGCCAGCCCGGGCGCCGACGGCCUGGAGCGCGUCUCCGAAAUCAUCAGCUUUGCCGAGACAGAUGGCCUCGCCUCCUCCCGGGUCCGCCUGUACUUCUUUAUCUCCAACGAAGGCAACCAGAACCUGUUUGUGGUCCAGGCCAGCCUGUGGCUUUACCUGAAACUCCUGCCCUAUGUCCUGGAAAAGGGCAACCGGCGGAAGGUGCGUGUCAAGGUGUACUUCCAGGAGCAGGGCCAUGGUGACAGGUGGAACCUGGUGGAGAAGAAGGUGGACCUCAAGCGCAGUGGCUGGCACACUUUCCCGCUCACGGAGGCCAUCCAGGCAUUGUUCGAGCGUGGUGAGCGGCGCCUCAACCUGGAUGUGCAGUGCGACAGCUGCCAGGAGCUGGCCGUGGUGCCAGUGUUCGUGGACCCUGGUGAGGAGUCACACCGGCCCUUUGUGGUGGUGCAGGCCCGGCUGGGUGACAGCAGGCACCGCAUUCGCAAGCGAGGCCUAGAGUGCGACGGCCGGACCAACCUCUGUUGCAGGCAACAGUUCUUCAUCGACUUCCGCCUCAUCGGCUGGAACGACUGGAUCAUCGCGCCCACUGGCUAUUACGGGAACUACUGUGAGGGCAGCUGCCCGGCUUACCUGGCAGGGGUCCCCGGCUCGGCCUCCUCCUUCCACACGGCUGUAGUGAACCAGUACCGCAUGCGGGGCCUGAACCCUGGCACGGUGAACUCCUGUUGCAUCCCCACCAAGCUGAGCACCAUGUCCAUGCUUUACUUCGAUGAUGAGUACAACAUCGUCAAGCGGGACGUGCCCAACAUGAUUGUGGAGGAGUGUGGCUGUGCCUGAUGGUGGCAGGCAGGGGCAUGGCAGUGGGGCACAGAGGACAGCCUCUAGGGAACAGGGAUGCACUGCGGGCUGAGCGAGUUCAUUCCGUUGGGCUGCAGAGAUAGUGCCAGGGUGAGGCCUGCAAUAUUUUUCUACUUCAUAGAGCAACCAGUCUCCAACCAGAGUGAGAACCUGCAACUGACAUGAAAUACUUUAAAAUGCAAACGUAGCCAUGCACAGCCAGACGCAUCCUGCCACCCACACAGCAGCCUCCAGUAUACCAGCAAAUGGAUGCGGUGACAAAUGGCAGCUUAGCUACAAAUGCCUGUCAGUUGGAGAGAAUGGGGUUAGCAGCCACUAUUCCCACCAGCUGGCCCGGCCACUCUGAAUCACGCCUUCCAAGCACACAUAAAAGCACAAAGACAGAGACACAGAGAGAGAGAGAGGGAGGGAGAGUGCCACGGACAGGAGACCCAGACGGGUGGGGAACGUGCGGGCAGGCAGAGGGCUGCAUGUCCCCUUGGCUUGUACCAGGCCUGCUCUGAGACCUCAGCAUCUCCCAGCUCAAACAUGUCUGCUUUCUCUGCUGCGUGGGAUCCUUCAUGCUCUAAUGCCAGAGGAGCCUGUCCUCGUAGAGAGAAGGAGGCCCAUAAAGGACACAACCUGUCAGAGACCAUGGAGCAGGGGCAAUGACUACUUGACUGUCACUGGGUCCCUGAUAUGACUUGUGUGUGUGUUUAUUUUGGGGAUUGGGAGGGAGAGGAGAGGGGUCUUAAUUUGAUGCUUUAACUGAUCUCCAACAGUCUGACAGGUCAUUUGUGUCAGUUGUUUAUCUGAAAAGGGACUUUUUUUUUUUAACCAGGUAAUGACCUUUUAAGUUAAAAUCUGAAUUGUUCUAAAUGGGAAGGAAAAAAGUUGCAAUCUCUGCCCUUCAUUGGGGACAUUCCUCUAGGACUGCUUGGGGGAGGGAUGGGAAUGACCCCCAGGCAAGGGGAUGAGCCCAGAGAAGGACGUGGUGGGGUGGAGGCAUUCUGGAAAUGCUGGGGUUGGGUGGGGUUCGGGGGAAGGGUGCCCUCUCAUUAGAGGGUGAGGGAGGGGAACAGCUUAGCUGGUUUUGGUGAGAUGGGGAAGUCUUGCAGCUGCUUUGCAGAAGUUGCCCAUGUGGGCCUGGGCCACUGGGGCCAGCCAUGGACCUGGCCCCUGCCCUCUCACUUGCCCACCUGCCCGCCCCGCAUAGCACUUGUGGACCUGCCUGAACGCACAUGACAUAGCACUUGCCCAUCUGCGCGUGUCCAGAAGUGGCCCUUGGCAAAGCACUGAACUCGCUCACCCUCUAGGUGUCCAAGUGCCACGUGAACUAUGCAAUUUAAAGGGUUGACCCACACUAGAUGAAACUGGACUCGUAUGACUCUUUUUAUAUUUUUUAUACUUGAAAUGAAAUCCUUUGCUUCUUUUUUAAGCGAAUGAUUGCUUUUAAUGUUUGCACUGAUUUAGUUGCAUGAUUAGUCAGAAACUGCCAUUUGAAAAAAGAAGUUAUUUUUAUAGCAGCAAAAAAAAAAAUGAAUACAGUUAAAUGUAUUAUACAUAAUUUUGGAACCAAAGAGGCCAACAGAUCAGUUUUAAUUUUUAUUAGAUGGUGAGGCCAUCUUGUGAGAGGUAGACAUUCUGAACAAUCCCUUGAGUGGCCUGCCAGCGUUUCAGGGUAUAAAUGGAUUUUGUUUAUCUGGUUUGAUGUGUCUUUUCUAUCCUUACACACCCAGAAGGUAGAGUAAAAAUGACUAUAGUAGAAUGCAGGUGUGUAUCCUUAAAUCCCCAUCUUUAUGUUUAUUUAAUAAAGCUCCCCUUAGGUUCUGUUUCAUAAUAAUUUAAAACCAAACAAUUUUCCCAUAGACUUGCUGUUAAAGUAUUCUACGUCUGUGUACAGUUUAAGAAAAUAAAAGAUUGAGUGCCAUGGGC